AUGUCCCGCAUCAACAUCAGCUCCGGCUCUGCUUUUGAAGCCGAGAUUGGAUAUUCUCGUGCCGUAGUCGUAGACGACUGGGUAAUGGUAUCAGGAACUACAGGGUAUAAGUACGAAACUGGCGAGAUAUCAGAUGACGUGGCAGAACAAGCGGAACAGAUCCUGCUUAAUGUCGACAAGGCGCUCAAAGAAGCUGGUUCCUGUAUGGCGGAUGUGGUUCGCGUGCAAUACAUCUUGCCGAACAGGGAUGAUUUCCCCAAGACGUGGCCGGUCUUGAAGAAGUGGUUCGGGGACGUUAAGCCGGCUGCCAUGAUGAUUCAGUCUGCGCUGAUGAAGGAGGAGAUGAAGAUUGAGAUUGAGGUCACGGCGAAGAAGGGCUGUGGUAUCAAGAAAUAA